AUGCAGGCAUCACUUGUGGACGUUCUUCUCCAUGUGAUCCGAGUGCAAGCACUCAAUGGCUACAUACCACUAGGUGCGCUUUCAGGAGCUGCGCAUGGCCCUCAGUUGUCCUAUCUGUGGUCCUUAGACUUCAUUUCUGCCGUCAACUCCCCAACCUUCAGCACAUGGCGUAAAAUCACAUUCGCCUUGUCAGCAUCGGGGCUGCUCUUCAUGACUUCGGUCGUUGGCCCUUCGUCAGCGGUCUUGAUGAUUCCUCGACCUGGCAUGUCACAUGUGAAAAGAACCGUAACAAGCUACCUCAAUGCCUCCGAAGCUGCUCUAUUCCCCACGCAUUUAGAUAAGACCUCCGGGCUGAAUUUCUCGAGGUACUACGAGUUUGAGGAGCGGGAGAUUAUUGAGUCUUCACUAACACCUGAUCAUCACGUCAUAUUCAGCUACACCUGGGGCGAUACCUGGGGCGAUACUGCGGCUCGGAGCUUUGCAGGCAAGCCUAGAGUAGGUCAAUCAGUUGAUCGUACCCUUGUCGACAAUCCUCACCAUCAUGUACCAACGGGGGACAGCUACACUAUUGCAACGACACCGACAACCUUGAGUUUAGGACAACUGACCUUUCAUCUCCCGGUUUAUAAUUUUGACGAUCCUGAACUGUUGGUAACCAACAAGAGCUGGGUCACCCGGACAUUGCAGCCAGUGGUUCUGGCUGUGUGUACACAAGAGUUCCAGAGGACUGAAGAUUCGUAUUACUUCCAAGACGAUGGGUCUAAAGGCUCUCUUCCCAAUUCCACCAAGCUGCAGGACCAGCUGCUCGAAGUUUACGAACAUGCAAAUGACAACACUACGAUCAAACCCUUUAUGCCUCCGCUAUGGAUACCAUCGCCUGGCAAUUCACAUUCUCUGCUUGGACUCUUCAUUAGGCCUGGUGGAACAGGGAGGGUGGGAGAUAGCAGGUUCACAGCGUGUACUGUAUCGUCAUUCUGGAGAGAAGCAGAAACAUCAUUUGCUCACAUAAACUUUGGGUAUAGGAUCAAAGCUGAGCUGCCUACAAACAGGGAAGCCAUGGCAAGCAGCAAAUUGAGACCGAUCACCAUCGUUCCAGAGGAUAUACGCUCUCUGGAUUACCCAUGUAUGGCUAAGGGGAAAAUGCUAAGCGGAGAAGGAGUCAACGCAGAAGUUCUAGCCACAUGUUUUGCAGCUGCUAUUUCCUGGAUUCCAGCCCUAGACAACCGUGAUCCAGACGACCCCACCAUUGAUCAUGAUAUGAUCGAAGGGUACGAUCAGUCUCAGUUAAGCGACUCAACCCCCUUCAGCGUGAUGAAAAUCGACACAACAUACAACGGCUUUGGCUACGGAUCCACCGACACCUCCAUCAAGCUCUCUCUCGCAGUGAUCAUCUCAUACUGCCUCAUUGUCGUCUGCUACGUCGCCUAUACCGUCGCCACCGGCCGCACAUCUGUAGCCUGGGACUCGGCAAUGGAGCUCGUCAUGCUGGCGCUCCAAUCGCAAGCCCCAGACCAUCUGGGCCCUAUAUCCGUCGGCAUCAAUUCCAUGGACACGUUUCGCCAGAGUGUCGGCAUCCGCGUGCGUGUCGAUAGCGAGAAGAAUGCAGAGAAGUUGGAAUUGGUCUUUGCGCAGGAUGCGGGGGCUGACGACCGCAGGUUGGGGAUGGUGGAGCCGAAUAAGGCGUAUUGA